AACAUAUGAAUCUUUUACAAGUAUGACCCUGUGUGUCUACAUUUACGACAAGUUUUUAGUGUCGGCAAAUCUUCAGUUGGUCAAGGACUACAACGUGCUGUGUCGUGAUGUUUCGCUAAUCGUCCCGACACCUGUGUGUUUUCUAGCAUAUAAGUAUAUAUAGCAAGCAAAGCGUCAAAACUUCUCCAGGGAGCUCAGUGUGGUUUGUAGGGAGGAACGAACAUCGUCCAUCCACACCAUGUUUGAUUCUGCUUCGAAAUUGUCUUAUCCGUUAACUCGGACGUGGAUUCCUCACAUCUUGCUGGGAUUUGGCAUUUUGUUUCUUAUCAGAAAAUGGGCAGGCAAUUAUCUCCGGCAGCUAUUUUUUGCGUCGACGUACAACAAGAUGCUUGGUACUUACCACGUGACAUGCCGAGAACUAAAGAGACAACAUUUUGACUCGAUGAAGAAUCAUCCGUCAACCGAUCCCGUCCUGAGGAAAAAAGGCGCUCUGAGGAUAUUAGAAAUCGGUCCUGGACCAGGAUACAACUUUGAGUUUUAUCCUCCCAACAGUGAACUGACUGUCGUCGAAGUCAACCCCUUCUUCGAGGAUGAAUUUUUCAAGAAACAAGCCGACCAUCCGCACAUCAAAAUGGAUCGUUUCGUCGUCGGAUCCGCCGAGGAUAUGAAAGACGUCCCUGACAACAGCAUCGAUAUCGUCGUUUCCACAAUGGUCCUGUGUUCCGUCGGCACUGUGGAAGGAGCCUUGAAAGAAAUUCAUCGUGUUUUGGCUCCGGGGGGCAAGUACUAUUUUUGGGAGCACAUCCUUGAAGGUGAACAUUGGUGGGUUCGAAUGAUCCAACACAUAGCUUCUCAUCGACUAUGCCCUUACCAAUUCGUCUUUGCCGGCUGCAAGUUGAAUCGAAAAAGCGAUGAAAUUAUUAAACGCAAUAGAGUUGGAUUCUCGCACGUCGACCAGCAACGAUUUCGAACUCCGCAAAAGGGAGGAUUGCAGGCCAUUUUGAUUUUCCAUAGCUCCCAUCUCAAAGGAAUCGCCACCAAAUAGUUUUAGCUAUAUAGCUCAAUGCUCAUGAUGAUUUCUCUAACUGUAUAAUACAGUCUAAUGUUUAGAAAGUACAUGUGGGCUAUGAUACCAUUUCUAAAAUUUUUGUAAUAAGCAAUAAUAAUUUUUCCAACUUUCAUCUGCAAUAUUGAAAUACAUACAAGUUCGCUUUUGGGCCCUUCUGAA